GCAUUGAUGUUUGUGCGUUGUGAUACAUAUAUAGGGCGUCUUUUUUUUUCAUAAAUUUAUUUCCAUCAAAGGAACAACUUGCUUUAUCAUCUCAAAAUAAAAUUUUUAUAUGGUUAAAUAGCCGGCGCUUGAUCUCUCUCUCUCUUGCUUUACUUAAUUUUAUAUUUUUAUAUUAUGUAUUUGAUAAAAUAUAUAUACAAAGUGGGCCUGUUUUAUAGUGUGUGUUGAACUGUUGGUUAAAAAAUAUAUAUUGGAAGUUGGACUCCCACAGUCACCUCAACUGCAAAGCCAGUUUUCCCCACAUCGGCAAAUUGUUAACUUGUGUAUAUUUAUAUAUAUACAACAUUGCCGCGGGCAUUGAUAUUACUGUAUAUAUAUGUAUUUACCAAGACGGUGAGACUAUCCCCGCGCGUUCAAGUACAUGGUAGUUUCUCUGUUCAGUAUAUGCCUUGAUGUUGACGAUCAUAGCAUCACUGUAAAAAAAUUACAUUAAUUAUUAUAAACAAUUAUUACUUGUGAUCAUUUUUUUUUUCUUUUCUUUUUUAAUAACGUGUUUAAUAGUUUUUUAGAGGAUUUUAUUUUUAUUAUACCGUUUAUAUAUUAAAUUAAAUAUCAUGUAAUAUGUAUUUUAAUUUUUUUUUUUUUUUUAAUUUAAUAACUUGCUUAAAGUAAUUUUAAAUAUUAAAUUAAUUUUUCUAUUAUUGGUUUAUUGUAAAACAUGUGAUUGUGCAGCGUCAAUUGAAAAUUUUUUUUUACUCCAAUUUUUUGUAUUUUUUUUUUUGAGAAAUUAUUUUUGUUUACGAGAUUAUGGAUAUUUAAAUUUUUUUAGUAAGAUUACAUGUGCAAUAUUUUGUAAUUUGAUAUUGUGUAUUUUAAUUUUUUUUCAUUGGAUUUUAAUGGAUAUCAUAAGGUGUUUUAAAAAUAUUGAAAUAUGUUGAAGACAGAGAUAAUGAUUUUAGACUUGUCUUGCUAGAAAAAACGUGAAAAAAAAAUUUCAAGGAUUUGUUGCAAAUGGCCUCAUUACUGAUAAAUAAUGAAAUGGGCACCAACGAGUCAGGUUCCACUAGAUGUAUUAUUCUCCUUCAAAGAGCCUUGGCCAUCCAACUGAGUCGUGGUGGACCAACAACACCAAAAUCAAUAACAUCAAAUAGCCACAAUAAUGACACAUCAAUUGAUCAACAUCCAGCUGACGAGAUGUGGAUGUACGACAAAGGAUACAAUUUAUUCCAGAGUUUUUUAGAAUCAAAUUCAAAAUGUUGGUGGAAUGCAGCUCUGAUUGAUGCCACGCGCCAAUUGAGAUACAAGGGUCACGUAUCACCGGGCAUUCUCAUGGUUGGUGGUCCGCCUUGUGCUCUUGAAGUACUUAGAGCUGCUUGGUCAAGAAAUGUACUGAGGCCUCCAGCAGAUCAUGCAAUAACUUGCCUUGGUGAUAUUGAGGAUUGUUUGAUGGCACCAGUAUCACAAGGACAAUUUACACCACUUCCUGAAGCACUUUGUUGGGCAAUAUUAGAAUUAACAACACAACGACAAGCAGCAACACUUGAUACAUUACGUUCAGCAUUAAAAUAUGCAUUUCCAUCAAUGCAAAGACCAAGUCGUGAACUUGUUUAUGAUGCACUUGCUAAAUUAAUACAAGAAAGAAAAAUAUAUCAUACAUCACAAGGUUAUUUUGUUGUAACACCAGAAACAAAAAGAUUAAGAAAAGAUUCAUCAAAUGGAUCUAAAAGAAAUUCAAGAGAUAUUGGAAAUUGUCGAGGACAAGGUGGUAUGUUGAUGAGUAAUGAUGAAGCAAUGGCACUUGUACAUGGUGAAAUGAUGACACUCAGAGAUGGUAAUGUUACACAUCAAGCUGUUCAAACUAAUCUUGCUGAUGUUAUCUGUGGUGGUAAUCCAAAUGAUAAGGUAUUAUUUGCAAGAUGUAGAUCAGUACCUGGACGACUUGAAAGACGACAUUCAUUGAGAAUUUGGGGUUCCGCAAAACGUUUGCAUAGAAGUGGAAGUUCACGUUCAUUACCAAGACGACCAGAGCGUAGUGAAACAUCAUCAAGUAUUGAAUUUACAAGCACAGACAGUACAACACGUACUCCUACAAGUUUAUCUGGAAUAUUUUCAGAAAAAAUAGGCCUACUGUCUAGAUUAUUUAGACGUACAACAAGAAGAAAAGGAGCAAUAUCUGAUGAAGGAAAAAAUUCACCAUUGAUGGGAACAUUUAGUGCUCAAUAUCCACCAACAGAAUGGUUUAAUCCAAGAGUUGUACAUUUACACAGUGUUGCAACACAAACAAAAUCAAUUAAAGAAGGUCUUGAUCAAUCACAAACAAGUUUUCGUGUAUGGGAUGAUACAUAUUCAGUUAGAUCAGCAACAUUACCACGUCGUCAUAAUCAACAAAGCAAUGAUUCAACAAGUUUACUAGCAAAUUCAACACCGAGAAGUUCACGUCGUCAUCGUUCACCAAGUUCAUCAACAUUACCAAGAUCAAAAUGCUCAAGUUUAAGCAGAUGUACAUCACGUGCAUCAGUUCUACCAACAACAGCUCCAACAACAAAUGGAGCAUCAACAAAAACAUCAACACCGCUACCAUCACCACCACCAUCACCAAUAUCACAACCAGAAUUAUCAUCAUCAUCACCAUUACCACCACCACCGCCAACACCGCCUCUACCACUACCACAACAACAACAACCAGCACAAUUAUCAUCAUCAGCAUCAUCAUUGUACAGUACAAAUAAAAGUGCUGGUAGUAAUAAUUCAAUAAAAACAACAAAUACAAAUACAAAUACAUUAAAAUCAUCUGGCUCAACAAGCUCAACAAAUGCAACAACUGUUAGACUUGGUAGAACAUCAAGUACAAGAUAUAAUACCAGAAGACAACAUCAUGAUUUAAAUAGUAAUAAAAAUAGUAGUAAUAAUAAUCAUCAUAGUAACAGUAGUAGUAGUAGUAAUCCUACAAAAUCAUUAUCAAAAUCAAAUAGAGUACAGCAACAAAAAUCAAAUUUAAAUGAUAGAAAAACAUUAUCACAUUCAUCAUCAACAACUGUUAAUCAAAAAAUUAUAACAAAUUCAUCUUCAUCAUCAUCAACAACAACAACAACAACUCUACCAUCAUCAUCAUCUUCAUCUUUAUCGUCUUCGUCUUUAAAUCCAUGGAAAAUGAUACAACAUCAAACUGGCACAACUCUAACACCAUUACAAGAAACUCAAAAUUCAAUAACACUACAAGUAUCAACAAAUUUAAGUCCAAAUAAAAAUAAUUCAAUAACAACAAGUACAACAACAACAACCACAACACCAUCAUCACCACCAUCAAAUGAUAAUUAUGAUAGAAUUUCAUCAAAUACAUCAAGUACAACAACAACAAUAUCUGGUACACCUGGUACAAAAAUAUAUGUACAUCAAAAUAAUAAUAAUUCACCAAUAAAUUCAAUAAUAAAAUUUGAUAAUUCAAAUAAAACAACAAUUAAUAAUGAUAAUAAUCAUAUGUAUGAUAAAAAAAUUGAUACAACAAUAGUAAAUUAUGUUGAUAAAGAAAAAGAUGAAUUAAUAAGUGAAAAAAUUAAAUUAGCAAUAUAUGAAAAUGAAAAAUUAAUAAAUAAAAAUAUUGAAGAUGAUGAUAAUAAUAAAAAAAAAUAUAAACAAUUAAUUAAAAUUGAUAGACCAUCAUCAUUAUAUACAACAAGAGAUAAUAAUCAAUUAAAUGAUAAUAAAUUAAAAAUUGAUGAUGAUAUAACAUUAAUUAAUAAAUUAAAAUCAACAAAUAAAUUAAAUAAUAAUAGUAAAAUUAAUUUAACUGAUAAUGAACGUGAAAAAAAUACAAUGACAUUAAUUAAUGAUAAUAAUUCAUCAUCAAUAACAAAUAUACCAACAAUGAAAAAUACAAAUGAUGCUAUGAAUAAUUCACGUAAAUUGAGUUUAUCAUUAUCAAAAGAUACAUUGAGUUAUAGAAAUUUAUUACGUCCAGAUUCUAAAAAUAAUAUAAUAUCAAAUCCACCAUCACCAACUAAAUCAUUUGAUGGUAUUGGUGGUUCAUUUAAUAAUGUUUAUAUUGAUAAUCUUGAUUUCGCUAAGAAACAGCUACGUGCACCACAAGGAUCAGAGCCGAGUUUAGAUAAAACAGCAACAACAACAACAUCAUCAUCAUCAUCAACAAAAACAACAACAGCAUGUCCAAUAAUAAGUCGUUAUGAUUUGCAUUCAUAUCCAAGUUUAAGUGAUAUGCAAGUACAAUUUACAAGUCUAGCUGCACAAAAAAUUUUAAAUGGUUGUCCAAUAAAUAGUGUUGAUACACUUGUUGAAGUCAACAUGGCUGCAUCAGAUAGUAAACCUGAUAAUCGUGAUGUAACUGUGCACACUGAUUUUGGUCUUGUUUAAAAAGACUACGCAUAUUUAUUUUUAUUAAUUAUAUUAUUAAAAACUAACUGUUUUUUUUUUUUUUUCUAAUUGUUAUUAAUUAUUUUAAUAAAUAGUUAUAAAAUAUUCAAAUAAUAAAAUUCAUCAGUUGUCAUCUCACCGGCCGUGCCGACGACAAAUAAUAAAUUCAACUAUUGAAAAAUAAUAUUUAUAUUGAUUAUUAACUGAAAAUUCAAGAAGUCUUUGCAUCAUUUUAUCAUAUUAAAAUGAAGAUUAUGUUAAAGUCUUGUGUCUUGUUUAUUUUCGUUUUUUUUUUUAAAUAAUAAAUCAAACUGAAUCUGGUUGAAGAUAGAGUUGUAAAAGUGAGAUGCCAAAGAGGUUUGUUGAGAUUUUUAUUACAUGUAUAUGAUAAAAAAAAAAAAAGAACGUACUUAUUAUUAAUUAAACA